CUUGCUUCUUUCAUCGACGUCUUCGAAGCUCCGAGAGAGAGAGAGAGAGAGAGAGGGAGGGUGAAUUGGAAUUACUCGGUGGAAAAAGAAUGGCGCUGCAGUGGAUGAUCCUGUCGUGGGUGGUGGCGGCAGAGGCGGCGGUGGCGGUGCUGGUGACCCUCCCGUCCCCGAGGCUCAUCAAGUCUCGGAUCGUCGCCCUCGCCUCCCUCCUCCUCCAGCCCCUCACCGGCGUCCUCCCCUUCGCCGGCUUCCAGCUCUUGGAUCUUCACUGGAAAAACGAGCAUCGACUGAUCUGCGCCGGCGAUGUCUGCACCACGGAUGAGAGGAUCCGAUACGAGAAAUCUAUCUUCAAAGCUCAAAGGAAUGUUAUUCUGUGUGUCUCAGCAUGUCUUCUUUAUUGGUGUAUCUACCGUGUUUGCAAAUACCAUAAGGAGAUAAAGGAAUUGGAAGAAGUUGAGAAGCGUCUCAAAGAGCAGUAGCUUUUAUAAUCCAGAUCAAUAACCGUCAAUCUAUCUUGAGGUGAAACGGGCAGGGCUCUCAUUAUGAGAUUCUCUUAACAAUCAUAGAUACGGUAGAUUUCAACCCACUUCAUCAGUCAGAAGAUCUGAGCAUCAUUUAAAUGAAUUUUCCUGAUAGUAAGAGCUAAUGAAGAUGUGUACACUUGCUAUUUUCUGAAGUUGAUGUCGUUAAUCCUUCUUAGAAAAGAGACCCUAUCCCUGACUGUGUGCAUUGCUUCCUAAACUUGUUAUACAAAAUUGGUCAAUAUUCAACAGCAUAAUUUGAAAUUUGAAGAGCUAAUCUUGCUUCGUCA